AUGCUUUCACGAACACAACAAUGGCAGCGGCUCUUUCUAGAGCGCAUAUACCAGCUUUGCAAUGGUGUCCACCCUGGUAUGAGCAUCGACAAAGAAGCCGUCAGCCAUAUUCGCCAUCUGGUUGGUGAUGUCGUACGCCAGUUAUUAGAUGGCGGAAGACCCACAACCCUGACGGAUCUUGAGAAAACUGUCCACACUCUACUACCACAACUUGCAAAUUCAAUUAUAAAAGAUGCCACCGAAUUCAUCAAUUCGUGGCCACCAAAAAAGCAACAACGAAAUUAUAACUCGGCCAACAUCAAGACGCUACACGAAUUAAAUUCAAAGCUGGUGCUCAUAAUCAAAGAACAUCUUGGCCUGAAAGAAAAGGAAAAGAAGGAAAGAGAAAAGGAGACGGAGCGGAUGGCACUAUUUCUGGUCAGCCUGUGCGACUUUUUGACGGAGGAUAUUCUGAAAUGGGCUGGGCAUUACGUGAAAAAUGUUCGAAAUGGUGCGAUGAACAUUAGCCUGCAGAAUUUGAAAAUUGCGCUGAAUGCGGACAAGAAUUUAAUGGAGUUGACCGAAGCUGUACAAAAUGGUGAUGAGGAAUCGGAGGGAAUUUCGUUAGCCGGCACAACCUUGUUAUUUGAUAUUGACUGGAAUUUGGAUGAAGAUCGGAAACCGCCACAACGAGUUGAUGCAGACUAUGGGAAAGUUGCCCGAGAAUUCCUCCACUAUGAAACACAAUACCUCAGCAGCCUGUCAUUAAUUGUAAACGUACUACGAAGAAGAUUUGAACCUGUUUGCACCGGCAAUUUGGCACCAUACUUGGACGAAAUUUUCGGAAAUAUCGAUGAACUCCACGACCUCAGCCUACAAGUUGAACGGUGUCUAGAAGAUGCAAUUGAAAUGUGUGACACCCCAUCAGUUGGUUCGACCUUGUGGCCAUUAGCUGAAGGCCACGAUUUUGAUUGUUAUGUCGAUUUCCUGGAGCUGAUAACUGGUACUAUGCCAGAAGCCGUGACAAAGCUGCUAAAAGAGCCGAGACUACAAACAUUCUUACAAGGAGAAGAAAGGACAUACAGUGCCCUCCAAAAUGGACAAACGUUCCACUUGAUUGUUGCUCACGUCCUUCCCUCUUUACUCCAGUUACCUAUCGUUCACUUCUAUCGUAGCGUCGAAUUUUUGAAGAAACUCUACCCACUCUCCUGCUCUGAAGAAGAUCACAUUGACCUUCAGAAUAUCAUUGGAUAUUUCGACCCGCUAGUGGCUAAAAUUGAUGGCCAAUUGACAACUGAACUACGAAGGCUUAUCAAAUGUGAUCGUGAACAGCGACAGCUAAAUGAUUCUCCGAUCUCGCAGCUCGAGCGAUUGCAACAACUUCAAAAACGGAUAGACGGUUAUGAAGGGAAAAAUAUUGGACAGACGUGUACGGAAUUGAUUAAGGAGGGUAGUCUUCAAAUGGUCAGACCAAGUCUUUCGAUGCAAACUCCAGAAUCCCUACGACGAGGUCGUCACCGUAUUCUAACGGACCGUUUCGUAUUUGUAUUUGAUCAAUUGGUUGUUAUGUGCAAGCCUCACAAAAAUGGGCUAAAAUUCAAGGAAAGGAUAAAUAUUCGAAAGACGGAAAUGCGGGAUGUGGAAGACAGCGAAGAACUAAAAAACGCCUUCCGAAUCGAAUCUGUUGACAAGACACAUAAUGUACUACAGGCGUAUACAUUUGUAUGUCGGACAAAAUCGGACAAAGAUUCCUGGAUGACGGCCAUUUUGGAUCGAUUACUUGACAACUACACGACAGAAGAGAAGAAACGAAUCCCGUUAAUCAUACCAGAUGCCGAGCAAUACAAAUUUGCCGAUCCAGAUACAGAAGAUAACAUAAUGUUUGAAGAUUAUACCUCCAGUAGUGGGGUGCCGGUUGUGAAGAAAGGGACGGUAGUGAAGCUUGUCGAGAGGUUGACCUAUCACUUAUAUACGGACAACAAUUACGUCAAAACGUUCUUAAUAUCAUUCCGAUCUUUCUGUUCUCCAACCGAACUUUUGUCCCUGUUGAUGCAGCGAUUUGACGUCCCUCAACCAGCCCGACUUACGGCACAUUCGAAUGAGAUGAGGCCUGGUGGACCUCUAGCCGGUCGGUAUGAUACUGUCCAAUCUCAUGGAUUAUCUUCUCCACCUCCAUAUCCUAUACAUGGUGGUGUAUACUCUGAACAAUCAUUCCAACGAUUUCGAAAAGAAUAUGAGAGACCGAUUCAAAGGAGAGUACUUUCCGUGCUCCAACAAUGGGUCAAAGUCCACUGGUAUGACUUCGACAAUGACCCGCAGCUCCUCAAAACCCUCGAGGACUUUUUGAACAAAAGCUGUCACACCCCCGCCAAACUCACAAAUCAGCAUCGAAAAUUUGCCAAAAUUAUCUUGUCGACGAUUGAGAAGCGAAAGUGUGCGAAUCUGAUGUCGUCAAAUGCUGGAAAUACUUUGGGAGCGGGCCAUACAAAUGGGGCUUUCGAAAAUGACGAUGGCGUCCCACUACCAGCUUCACCAUCGACGCCCAACGUGAAUUGUUUUCAGAAGAAGCCGCCAGAGAUCUUAUGGCAUACCGCGGGCAAGGGUGACGUACAGAAUUAUGAUCUUCUAACCCUACAUCCGGUUGAAAUUGCUAGACAACUAACAAUUCUUCACUUUGAUCUUUUCAAAGCCAUCAAACCCAUCGAAAUGGUCGGUUCGGCGUGGAUGGAGGCCGAUAAAAUGCAAAAAAGUCCGCAGCUGCUCAGGCUUGUUCAUCACAGCAAUGAUUUGACCUAUUGGCUGGCCCGUUCCAUUCUGGAUACAGAUUCUCAGGAAGAAAGGAUGGCCUUAUUGGCUAGAUCAUUAGAGGUGAUGUGCGUAUUCGAGGAGCUACACAACUUUACGGGUCUUGUGGCAUUUUUUUCAGCGCUUAACACAACAUAUAUUUUGAGGUUGACGUAUACUUGGGAGAGACUGGAGCAGCACUAUCGAAAUUGGUUUGACGGUUUCAAGGAAUUGUGCGAUACUCGAUGGCAACAGUUGAAAAAACGAUUGCAAUCCGUUGACCCUCCAUGUAUACCAUUUACAGGCGUUUAUAUGGACCACAUCUUCAAACUUGACACGGCCCAUAAAACUGUUUUCAAACCGAAAGUCGAGCCCGCAGAGAUGGAGGGCGGGCCGAUGUCUCCAAAUACGGGCAAAGUGCUCGUGUCUUUCAUGAAAUGCCGAAAGAUCGCGGCGCUCAUCUCUGAAGUACAAAUGUACCAGAAUCAACCUUAUGCCUUGAACGUCGAGCCGUCUAUCCAGGUGAGUAAUGGGGGCACUUUCAAGGAUUCGGAUGAUUUC